ACAGUGGUCGAUAGUAGUCAGUGCAAGUUUAACCUAUGAACAUGGCGUCUUAUUUUUACAUGUUUAUAGGGCUUAAUGCUCAUCUAUUGUGCGUUACUGGAUACAAGUUGGAAGCGUGCGACGAUUUUAAUCCAAUGUGUUUCAAAACGAAUAAUAAUUCGUUGAAAUGCGUCAACAUGUUUCCAGAAGGUAUAGAAUCUGAAAUACUAAAUGUUGAAAUUGGCUGCUUCAAUAAUGAGCUCAACAUCACAAAAAAAACAUUUUCGAACGAAAGCUGGCGGAAAAUCCAAACAUUGAGAAUUUAUAAUGAUGAUCAUCAGCGUUGGGUAACGCUUCAAAACAAUUGUUUUGUGAAUUUGAAUAGUUUGAAAGAAUUAAAAAUCAACAUUCCAUUGUCAGUUUUCGAUUACGGAUCACUGAAUGGUCUGGAUGUGGUCACUUUAUUGGACGUGUCCAACUGCACACGAGCAGAUCCUGAUAUAUUCUUAAAUAUUCUUUUUAACAGUUCAUUGCUACAACUAAAAAGCCUUGCUUUGUCUAGUUUUGGAAGAGACUUAGGCAAUAAAGCGUUUCACCUGACUGAUACAUUCUGGCAAUUCGUGAAGGACAGAAGCGUAUCAUCGUUGAAUCUUAGCUACGUUAUGAUUAUCGAAAUAAACACAAGAGCAUUCAAUGAGAACUGUGACAGUUUAACGGAUAUAUCGCUAAGAGGAAGUUAUUUGUUUGGGUUUUAUAGAAAGAGGGCUACAUCACCUAAACCUUGUAAAAGCCUUCGGUUUUUGGACAUUAGUGAAAUUAUCUUGCCCAAACACCUUCAAUUUAUGUGUCAACUAACAAUCCCUUUUGAGAAUUACAGCAACAUGUCUAUAGACAUCAAACAAAUCAUUGAUUUGUGGGACGCAGAAACGAUAUUGUUGAACCAAUUUUGCAACGGACAAAGUACACUUAUUUUUAAGAACAUUACAAAGGUGCACACAAAAACUGAUUGUGAUACUAAAUGGAAUACAUUGUCGUUAAACGGUAUCGGACUCAAAGUACUCGACAUUCAAACGGAAGGUACCAUAUGUUUUCUCAUUAAUCUUGAAGUUCUAUCAAUUAAUGAUAAUAGAAUGGAAUUCAUCAACCCGACUUUAAUGCAAUCUAUGCGAAAACUUAGAACGGUGGAUUUGUCGAACAACAAUUUAGCAUUCAUGAAGACAUAUAACGCAACUUUGUUUGAAAAGUUAUUUCAAUCCAAAACACUUAAAAAUAUCAAUCUAAGUGAUAACAAGAUAACACACUUGUCGCAUAGUAUGUUUUUGCAGUGUAUAAAUCUUCAAACGUUAAAUCUGUCAGGAAAUUAUCUUGAAGACAUAGACUUUCACAUUAAUCAGACCCGAACAUUGCAGAUAUUGGACAUGUCGUAUAAUCACAUCAAUGGUUUAAGUACGGAAACGAUGCAGAUGUUAGAUUCAGUACAAUGGUUGAAUAAAACAAAAUACGGACUGGAUUUGAGUGGCAACCCACUAAAAUGUUCGUUGUGUUCACAUUUGAAAUACAUACAGUGGUUAUUAAGCCGCACCUAUGUCAAUGUAAGUGAUUUACAUUGCACCAACGACCAUGGUGUAUUAUCUGUAGUCAAUCAACAAGUUUCCAAACAACUUGAAAAUCUUUGUGAACAGGAGGCACGCAAAAAACGAGUGGUUCUGUUGUCUGCAUUACUCCCAACUAUAAUUGUUGUUUUUAUAAUUGUUUUCAUAAUCGGAUUUGUGAGAUACAGGCGAAUAAGAAAUUCUGAAAACAAUCGAGUAAAUGUUCUUCGUCGUCUAAGAGCUGGCGAUGGUGACUGUGAAUUCGCAGUUUUCUUUGCCUUUAGCAACAAAGAUGAUGCUUUUGUAAGUGAACACGUUGUCGAACCUUUUCGUUACCAUUUGAAGAGAGCAGUUAAGACAGAUCGCAAUUUACUUUGUGUCGGAGAUGAAAACUUUCGUUUCGGACGUAGCAUUCAUGAUGAGGCCAUUUCAUGUCUUCGGCGCUCGAUGUUGUUAGUUGUCCUGUUGUUAAAUGACUACUUAAACAGUGGUUACUGUAAACUGGAGUUUGACUUGGCAUUACAACUGGGUAAACCGGUCAUUUUGAUGAUCAAAGAGCAAGUAAAUGAAGAACUAAUGUCACUCUCUAUGUCGAUGCUUUAUAGGACGAACACAAGAAUCCUGUGGACCCGACGUGGCGAUAAUUACGUCCUGAAAUCUACUUGGGACAACGUGGUGAAAUCCAUCCUUGACACCAUAUCAAAUAAAGAGUUUGUAAAACGAGCAAACUAUGCCACAUUUUAGUAAAACUGCGUUUUUUAUAAUCUGCAUUGAUAAAUAUAUAUAUUUAUUUGUGUAUAUAAUACAUGUUUAUGUUAGAAUAGUGAGGGCCAAUGUUUACUUCAUCAUGUUUGUUGUUAUUUAGCUUAAGGGUUUAGAACUGUAAUAUGAAAUUUGUUUUUCUUUUUAUACUUCGUAUAUUGCCUUUUCCAUUUACCGAACAAUUAAGGAUUCUCAGAUAUUCCCAGUUGCCAACCCACAAUAUCCCCCACCGUUUUUUUUUCAUAAAUAUUGUAUUACAAAUUUUACUCUUAUGCACAUAACAAGAGAUGUGUUUGUCAGAAACACAAUGCCCCCUACUGCGCCGCGUUGAAGCCUUAUAUUUGACAUUUGACAUUGAUAGAUGACCUUGACCUUUCACCACUCAAAAUGUGCAGCUUCAUGAGAUACACAUGCAUGCUAAAUAUCAAGUUGCUAUAUUCAGUAUUGCAAAAGUUAUGGGCAACGUUAAAGUUUUCGGACGGACGGACAGACUGACGGACAGUUCAACUGAUAUAUGCCACCCUACCGGGGACAUAAAAAUUGAUCAAGCAAUACUAAUGGAAAGUUUGAAUUGGGAUAUCAAUGAUUUUGUUAAUCUUUUUUUGAUGUCAUUAAAUGUAUUUAUUGAACACUAUAAUAUCUGGAAAAGUCAACAAAUACAAUUAUAGCAAAAAAAAAGAAAAAGAGAGAAAAACGUGAUUUAAAUAUUUUGACUCGCAAAGUCAAUCAGUAUAAAACGAAAUUUGGAAUUAUGGAAGCCAAACCUGUUAAUAUGGUAUAUGGCAUUAACCCCUAUACAUUGGCAGGAGAAGAGACGCAUGGACCCCGACACUAUUUGUCAGACCAAGUGUUCACAUGUUAGGAAGUUAAACACUUGUUUCGGAACCCUUUUGACAAAUCUCACUAAUUAUUUUUAAGACUUUAUUAGCUCGGCUGUUUUCGGAGAAAACCCGAGGUAUUGUCAUUGGCAGCUCGUCGUGUCCUAAAACCUUAACAUUUUGUUAACCUUUGUUUACCUUUUAAACAUUGGUUCUAAAAUGAAAGUGCUUCCACCUACAACAUUGAAACUUCAUAUGUAGCUGCACCUUGAUGAGGUCUACACGCCACAUCCACUUUUGGGUCACUAGAUCAAAGGUCAAGUUCUGACAAGUUUUCAUUGAUUCUAAACUGUACCCGCAGACGAGCGUUGGCACCCGUUAUGCGAUGCUCUUGUUUUAAAACUUAUUAUCAUAUGUGGUAUAAUUGUGUUUUCUGUUGUAAUUGUUCAAAAUAUAAUUAUAUACAUUUGGUCACUUUUGUCUAGUAUUUGGAGCAUUCAAAGAAUUGAACGAAUAUCACGGAUUUUAAUGCGUUAUUUUAUGCAGAUUAUGCUCUGUGUUUGCAUACAGCUUAUUAUAUAUGUUUAAAGUCUGCAUAUCAAUAUUGGAUUAACAAAUGUAUUUCUAAAAAUAUAAUUUAGCUUUCAUAUUAUCUUAUUGCAUUAAUUAAAAAAGAGCACUGUA